AUGGGCAAUGCCAGUAGUAGCAGUUAUGGAAGUAGUGUUCCUGUUUUACCAACUCCAGAUGAUUACGAUUGGUCAGGUCUUAGAGAAUUAUAUAACUCUCAUGUGUAUAGUGCAAAGAUUAAACAGAUAAAUUUUUUAGGAAGUUUAGGUCCAGCGUUAGAUUUUGGUCUUUAUAUUACCACUACGAAUGGAAGGUCGUAUCUAAUCCAUAGCACCAAUGCUAGUGGUGAUCAAGUCAUUACCGAGGCAAGACACAUGUCCAGUGAUUGGAAGGAUUUUAAUUCUGUAAUUAUCAACAGCCCAAAAAAUAAUCCAACGAUUGGUGACCUCAUGGCGUCGGCUAGAAAAGAUGGAAAAUUAAAAUUAUUACCAUCAGCUCAACAAAUCAAACAGUCUGUAAAAAAUGAACUACCUUCUUCACCUGAAAAACAUGGAAGCUUGGCCAUACAAAACAAAGUGAAAGAAGCUGAAAUUAUAAUGAAAAAAAUGAAGGAAAGAGGAAUUGAACCAGAUAUACAUACUUAUGAACAACUCAUCAAUGUAUAUGCAAGUGUUGGAAACAUAGAAAAAUCAUUAUCAACAUUUGAUAUGAUAGAUUAUACAUAUGUUAAUAAUCUUCGUACUGAUGAUGCAUUUAAUGUUUAUUCGAAAAUGAAAGCUGCCAAAAUAUUACCUAAUCAACCAAUUUUUUCGAUGCUUAUUAAAGUAUGUAUUAAAAAUGGUGAAAUACCUCGAGCUUGGAAAACAUUUGAUCACAUGCGAUUAGAAGUUUGUCAACCUGAUGAAACUAGAGAUGCAGAGAGAGCUUUUGAUUUAUAUCAAGAAAUGAAAGAUAAAGGAUUAAGUCCAACUGAUGUAACAUUUAAUUCAUUAAUUGAUGCAUGUGCACAUCAAGCAUUCAGAUUAUUAAAUGAAAUGGAAGAUUAUGGAUAUACUCCUGAUUUAUUUACAUAUAAUUCACUAUUAUAUGCUUGUUCACAUAAAGUUGAUUUCUAUACUGCCAGAAAAUUAUUUAUUUUAAUGAUGCAAAAUGGAUUAAAAGAUCAAUCAUUAGCACCAGAUGAUACUACAUUCACAAAUUUAUUUUGGGUUUAUGGACAACUUCAAGAAGUUCUUGAUCAUUAUAAAGACACCAUACCAAAAUAUAAUAUUGAACUUGAUGGAUGGAUAUUUUUAACAUUAUUAAAUGCUUGUUAUAGGCAUAAAAAAGUUGAAUUUGCUUGGAGUAUUUGGCAAGAUUGGCAAAUUUGGUGGAAAUUAAAAAAACAAGAUUUGGUCAUUAUACAAAAAUUAAAUAAUCAUGAUCAAAGAAAUGAAUUUAAAAGAUUGGGAUUAACUAAAAAUUUAGAAUAUGACACUUAUAAAUUAAUGAUUAACAUUUUGGCCAGAUGUGAAGAUAUAUGGGGAGCAAUAAGAUUAUUACAAAAAUUAUCUCAAACCCAAAUUCCUAAAUUUGAACAUUUUCAAUUAUUAAGAUUAAAAUGUUUAGAAAAAGAAAAUGAAUUAGCUUUAACUAAAUUAAUGGAAUUAAGUUACUUCGAUGAAGGUACACCUGGAACAAAAGUUAAAGAAUUAUUAGCUAAAAAAUGGAAAGGAAUUAAUGUUUUACCAGGUAAAGUGGGUAGAAAAGUAUUACAAAUGAAACUUAAAAAUGAUGAUUCAAAUAAAUUUAAAGGUAAAAUUGAUUGGAAAAAAUUUAAGGAAGGAAAGAAUGAAAAUGAAUACUUACGUAAUAAUACUACUUCAUUUUUAUCAGCAAAAUUUUUAUGUUCAAAUUUCAUUAAACAAGAAGAUAAUAAUGAAAGACUUAAUACUACUGGCCCAAACAAUGAAGGAGAAUCUGUAUGA